AUGGAAACGGCCAUGAACCUCUCUGAGGUCCAGCAGAUCACGCUUGAGAAGCUCACGGCGUUGAUCGAGCACGAGCAAGCGGAUCUUAUAGUGACGCAAGGCCCGGACGCACUUCGUGCACGUCUCGAGGCCUUCCCGAACUUUGAGCCCACGUUGAUCAGACAGGUCCAUGACCAUUUGGCAUCUGCCGUGCCCACUCUAUACAUCCUAAUACCGGACACUGAGUCAAGGACUCGUCUUCUGGUUUUUUAG